AUGAAACUAAACAUAGCGAACCCGGCCUGCGGGCUCCAGAAAACUGUGGAGGUCGACGAUGAGAAGAAGCUUUUGCCUUUCUUUGAGCGACGCAUGGGGGCGGAGGUCCCAGGCGACUCUCUGGGGGAGGAAUUUAAGGGGUACCUCUUCCGCAUAACCGGCGGCAACGACAAGCAGGGCUUCCCUAUGAUGCAGGGCAUUCUCGCCAACCACCGUGUUCGCCUCCUGUUCCGCACUGGUAUGAAGUGCUUCAGGCCACGCCGAACGGGUGAGAGGAAACGCAAGAGCGUCCGUGGAGCUAUUGUGGGUCCGGAUCUUUCCGUGCUGAACUUGGUGAUGCUGCAGAAGGGUCCCGCGGACAUCCCGGGGUUGACUGGCGGAGAGAAGCCACGCCGCCUAGGUCCCAAGAGAGCCAACCACAUCCGCAAACUGUUUA